UAUAAAUUCCCAAAAGGCCACUCUCAGAGCUGGAUCUCUAAGAGUCUCUGUCAGCUUUUGGGGCUGUGACAUUUUCGGCACCCUUGCCAUGAAACACCUGCUGCUGCUCACCCUGUCUGCCCUGCUCUGUUGCUGGGUCUCAGCUGACACUAGAUGUCACUCCUGCUACAAGGUCCCCGUGCUGGGGUGUGUGGAUCGCCAGUCCUGUCGUCUGGAGCCAGGCCAAAGAUGCCUGACCACAAACGUGUACCUUGGGAAGAUGUGGGUUUUCUCUAACCUGCGCUGUGGCACACCAGAGGAGCCUUGUCGGGAGGCUUUCAACCAAACCAACCACAAGCUGGGCCUGAACUACAACACCACCUGCUGUGACAAGGACAACUGCAACAGCCCAGCGCCAAGGCCCACACCUGCGCUGGCUCUCCUCUCCCUCACCUCCUUGGCUGGCCUUGGCCUCUGGUUAUUGCAUUGAGAGUCGCUCCAUGUCUGCACGCCUCCCACACGCUGUAGCCUGAGCCUUUCUCCCUCAGAACUCCAGCUCUCCAGCAUGCUCUCCCUCACCCCUGGCCCCUUUUCUCAAGAUCAUUUCCCUAUUGUCCCAUUUGUUUCAUGGGACAGUGCCUAGAGUGGUCUUUCUAGCCACCCCUCUCAGCUGGCACUCUCCACCCCAUUUUUCACCAAGUCCUUUCCCAUUUCCUUGGAGACCACUCUACCUCCUUCACUGGCCACUGGAAGGGCUCCCUACUUGGAAGUACACCGAUGUGACCCUGAGAUGUGGACCUGGAAGUACCACUGUCUUGUCUCCAGUGAGUGACCCCGAAAGGAGCCGCUAACCUCACUGCAUGGGGUUGAUUCGCUAAGCCCUCUGCUCAUCUCUUUCCAUCGUGAGAAAUAAAUGUAGGCGUCUGAUAAAC